AUGCGUAGUUGUUAUUCCGGUACAAUGUUGCGCUUUGGUGUGUUGCUUUUGGUGGUUGCCGCGACAGCGGUCCCGCCCGUGACGAAGUCUCGAGAUGAGAUAGAGGCGUUUAGGAGUUUUUUGGAAAGCGGCAAGACUGACUCCGGUUUCCGCAUCGAAGACCGCCAAGCGGCCAACCCCCGCGCCAAAGUGUGGGAGAACAGCGGCAAGUACCAGGGCGACAUAUUGCUGGACGAGGUUCAUGUGCAGGGCUUGCUGGAGGACUACGCCAGCGGCCGCAACGCGUACAUCUGGCCGAACACCAAGUGGCCGGACAAUGUCGUGGUGUACGAGUUCGCACAGGGACACUUCAGUAAGUACUGUAGGCCACAGAGCGGCCAAGCGGCCAACCCCCGCGCCAAAGUGUGGGAGAACAGCGGCAAGUACCAGGGCGACAUAUUGCUGGACGAGGUUCAUGUGCAGGGCUUGCUGGAGGACUUCGCCAGCGGCCGCAACGCGUACAUCUGGCCGAACACCAAGUGGCCGGACAAUGUCGUGGUGUACGAGUUCGCACAGGGAUACUUCAGUAAGUACUGUAGGCCACAGAGCGGCCAAGCGGCCAACCCCCGCGCCAAAGUGUGGGAGAACAGCGGCAAGUACCAGGGCGACAUAUUGCUGGACGAGGUUCAUGUGCAGGGCUUGCUGGAAGACUUCGCCAGCGGCCGCAACGCGUACAUCUGGCCGAACACCAAGUGGCCGGACAAUGUCGUGGUGUACGAGUUCGCACAGGGACACUUCAGUAAGUACUGUAGGCCACAGAGCGGCCAAGCGGCCAACCCCCGCGCCAAAGUGUGGGAGAACAGCGGCAAGUACCAGGGCGACAUAUUGCUGGACGAGGUUCAUGUGCAGGGCUUGCUGGAGGACUUCGCUAGCGGCCGCAACGCGUACAUCUGGCCGAACACCAAUAAUGUCGUGGUGUACGAGUUCGCACAGGGACACUUCAGUAAGUACUGUAGGCCACAGAGCGGCCAAGCGGCCAACCCCCGCGCCAAAGUGUGGGAGAACAGCGGCAAGUACCAGGGCGACAUAUUGCUGGACGAGGUUCAUGUGCAGGGCUUGCUGGAGGACUUCGCUAGCGGCCGCAACGCGUACAUCUGGCCGAACACCAAUAAUGUCGUGGUGUACGAGUUCGCACAGGGACACUUCACCCAGUCCGCCCAAAAUGCCAUCUUGAACGGCAUGGCAGCCAUCGAGAGGAACAGCUGCAUCCGUUUCAGACUCAGGACUAACAACGACAGAAACUAUGUCCGUGUUACCAACUACAACGAUGGCUGCUACGCGCACGUGGGCUACUGGUCCACCCGCGGCAUCCACACCCUCAACCUGACUUGGCCCAGCUGUUCCCUGCACACCACCAUCGUACACGAGUGGCUGCAUAUCCUGGGCUUCGUGCAUAUGCAGUCCACGUACAACAGGGAUGAUUACGUCAGGAUUAUGUGGGAAAACAUCUGGCCUGGUAUGGAACAUAAUUUCGACAAGUACGCUUCGAACAUAGUCAACAACAUGGGUUUGCCCUACGAAUACGGAAGCUCCAUGCACUACGGCGGCUAUGGGUUCAGCAUCAACGGGCGCCCCACCAUGGUCGCGUUGUAUGAUUGGCAGGGAGUGAUGGGCCAGGAGGAAUACGUGACCUACUUGGACUACCUGCGCGUGAGACGUCACUACAACUGCCCUGGUGCGUGGAGCGAGCAGGUUCAGGGCGAGCCCCGAGAACCUUCAGCUGAACCCUUGGCUCGGGAGGCUUAA